AGAGCUGAAGUGUUUCAACCACAUGAACCAACCCAGCGGAAAAGAGGCGCACCGAGCCAGAUAAACCCUUUCCAUGCGUCAUUUGGACCCUCAGACUGGAUUGUAAACUGCGCGCAGGGGGCGCCUUAUACACAGAGCUACUUUUAAAACGACUUCUUUAUUGGGACAGUUCAUUUCUCUUAUUCUCUUUGAAUAUAAAGCUAGAUAGGAUCGGGAAGACGCAGCGAUGACAGUCGUGAUUGCUUCCCCCCUAAGUUGCUGAGACUUCACCCCGCUUUAUUCUUGCACCUGCUUUCUGAAGCUCCUAGAAAUAUGCAAGGGAGAUACAGGAUGAAGUUGGUUUUGAUUGCAGCUUUGCUUGGACUGGCUGAUUCCAGAGCCUCUGUGAAUUCUUGUCCGUCGGGCAAGAAUACGACCAGUGGACAAUGCUGCAAGCAGUGUCCGCCCGGCGAGGGCGUUGUCUCACCCUGCGAAGCCAAACAGACUGUGUGCGCUCCAUGCCUUGACAGUGAAACUUUCUCAGAGAGCUUCAGCCACACUGAAAAAUGCAAGCUUUGUACAAAAUGUACUGGGCUGCUCCGCAUGCAGACGCCCUGCACCGAUACCAAUGAUGCCAUUUGCACAUGCAACUACGGCUACUAUCUAAACAGAGUCACUCAAAGGUGUGAAGCUUGCACCAAAUGUCCCGAAGGCCAGGGCAUGUUGUACAAGUGUGAGUCGGACCAUGACACAGUGUGCGAGGAAUGCACCGACGACACUUUCUCUGACCAGGAUAAUUACAGGGACCCAUGUAUCCCCUGUACAACGUGUGAUGAGGAAGAUGAGGUGUUGCAGGAGUGCACCUCUAUCAGCGAUACUGUUUGCAAAUCAAACGACCCAAUAGAUGUAAGCACAUUUUCUCCAAGUCCUUCGGACCCCCCUGAGGUUUUCAACCCACUAGAGGACCUCCCACCAGAGAUCACUACUGAAAGCAAUUCUAACACUACUGAUGGACACCCCCCAGAAAGACUCAACCCGGGAUUGAACGAUAAGCUCAUCCCCAUCUACUCCUCCAUCCUGGCAGCGGUUGUUGUAGGACUUGUGGCCUUCAUUGUCUUUAAGAGGUGGAACAGCUGUAAGCAGAACAAGCAAGGAGCCAACAACUGCACGACCAACACCAACCAGACUCCGUCACCGGAGGGAGAGAAGCUCCACAGUGAUAGUGGUAUUUCUGUCGACAGCCAAAGUCUGCAAGAGCAGCAGGGCCAGACUCAGUCACAAACUGUUGUGACUAUCGAUGAAGAACCUUGUCUGCUCCUUCCUCUUCACACCAGAGAGAACGUGGAGAAGCUGCUUUCCCGAGGCAAUGAAGGAGGAAACUCUGAUCACAUGCAGGACAGUGACUGGUGCAACCUGGCAGGUCUCCUCGGAUACGAGGAGGAGCGGAUCGCGACCUUUCAGCAGGAGGAGCAUCCGGUCCGAGCGCUCCUGUCUGAUUGGGCAAGGAAGGACUGUGCAAGCAUCGAGGCUUUGUGCACAGCGCUUCGCAAGAUCAACCGCGAGGAUGUUGCUCAAAGUCUGGUCCUCAGCCCUGGUGGUACAAAGCCGACUGCUACUUCCGUGGUUUAACUUUUCUGCAUAACUUUCAGCAAAAACUUAACACCUGAACCUUAAUGUUUAAGUACUUCAAAAACAGUGUCCUAGAUUAUUCCACACAUUAACCCCUGAAACAGUUGCUUGAUAUUAUGUCUUCAUGAUAUGAUCCAAGAAAUCCCUAAAAUUAUAUUUAUCAAAAAGAAUGUUUUAUAUAAAACACACAACAUAACGAAUAUAUCAAAAAACAAUUCCACCCAAGUCCACCCGUUAAUUGCAAGAAUAUGUUUAAUUAGGUUAAUUAUUUGAACUGUUAAACCAAAUGGAAAAUGAAAUCAAUUUGAAAGUUGAAAAAGUGCAAUUCAAUUGGACUGCUGGUGACACCUAGCAUAAAAUCCUCUAACCAAACACAGUGUCGAGCUGUUGUGUGCUCUGAACGCAAAUUUCCGUGGACAACCUUGUGUUAGCUUCCUUCUGCCUUAUCCUCUAUCUCUCUGGCCCUGCCACUGUUUACUCUAUGUUCUACUACAUCCACGUAACCAAAGAAGCAGAAGUGUUUCCAGACCUGACCUGCUCAGUGACAUUAUUUACAUGCCAUGUCAGACCUUUAAAAUUUAAUUUGACAAAUGGCUUGCGUCUGUUACAACUGAGUUGGUUUCUUUUACUGGAUGAGGUUGUCAUUCUUGUAAGUCUUUGGAUACGUGCAAAUAUGACAGCCUAAGGAGGUGAAAAUGGAACCCAUCCCUUCCCUCCCUCAUUAGUAGCAGUGCAUGUGGAUAUUCUUGUUUUUGUUUUGUUUUUAUUUUUCAUCUAGUGCUAUAAAAAGUGCUAGUUGCAACCUGUGAUUGUAGGCCCAGGUUUUUAGCCAGUGAAACAUGACUCAAGUAUCUCAAUUACUCAAAUAACUCAUUACCCUAAAAAUGGUACAAAACGUGUAGAAAUCCUGCAUACUAUAUUUACAUCGUAAACAAGUAGACUACUAAUGUAGGCAUAGAUUUAGUUGACAUUCAUAAACACCUACUGUACCGUCCGUAGCUCUGCAUGCAUGUAGUGUGCUGAACAAACACACAAUCAUAUUUUUUUGUGCAUUUGCAUCUAAAUGUAUGAGAGAAACAGAAACAAAACUCUCAAUUCUGCCACAUAUAAGGCAAUGGCAGACUCUCUUGAUGGGACCAUAUACUGUUUAAUGUUGAUAUUUGUGGCAAUUUGAUUUGACUUUUUUUGGGCAACAUGAUGUAUUACAGCAAACACACUAUAUAAGGAAAAUGCAAAAAUGAAUUAAAGUGCUUAACUUGGGUAAGUAAGCUAAGUUAUUAUUCUAAGUACUUUGUAACUCGCAUAAAAAAAAAUAAAGUUUUCAUUUCUUGUUAACUCCUAGCUGACUCAACACAUACAGCUUUAGUCUGUAGAACAUUUAAAUCCUGUUUUGGCUGACAAUGUCUUCUUAUGAAGAAGCUGAAGCUCAUGGUGGCCUGUUUCCUUUGUUUUGGUAUUUCCUGUCAGUUAUUCAGUGACUGAAUUAACUGCAGUCGAAACUUAGAGAAAAAGUUGUGCUUCUGGAACGUAGUGCUUUGCUUUGAAUGUCAUGCUAUCUGGAGAGCACUCUGCCCUGAUUAUAUCAUAUAAGAUGAGUAACUGAGGUGCAGCAACCGGGACAUUCUCUCUUUCAUUGUUAAUCUCGUUGUGAACUAUUAAAACACUUGGAUUAUUAGGUAAAAUCCUUUAAACCCUGUUACCAUAAAACUCUUUAACAUGUGAAACUACGACCAUCAAACUUUUUGUGUCCAAAAUUCUCAGGGAAUUAGAGCUCAACUCUUAAACAGUCAACAACUGAAUACAUUUGCUUUAGGAUGACUAAAUAUGUCAUUAUUCUUGCAAUGGACAAUCCUUCUAACGGACGAAUUGGACGUAGAAACUGGUCUGUAGAAAAAAGCUAAAUAGGAGAGUGGAGUUUUGUUUCCUCUUUGUUUGCAACAAUGACUGCCAAAUAAAAGGCAAACUAGCUGAGACAAAAGUCACAGGAUGUAUGAGAAAUGGAGACGUUUCAGAUUACUUCAAUCAAUGCAAAGGUAAAACCCAGGUAUAAACGUUAAUCAGCUCUUUCAGGUGAAAGCAUGCAGACUGUUUUUACAUUGCAUUGUAGUCUCUUAAUUUGAAUUUGUGGGAAUAUUUUUUUCAUCUAAUGUGACGUUUUAUUUUUGUAAAUAGUGUUUUUUUGUUGAGGGCAAUUUGGACCUACAUUUUUUGUUCACUGCCUGUAUGAGGAAAACAUCAGAAGAUACAAGCAACACGGCUAACUGACCCAACUCUCCAUCUUGAUCUGUUACAAUGAAGCACAGAUUCCUAUUAUUCACUAGAAUACUGAGCAUAAUGCUGUUGUAUUACUUUGUAUGAAGGUAUUGUUACUACUCCUAGUACUCCAAAGGUUGUUUGAUUCCUAACAAGCAAUUUCAAAUGGUAUUACAUUUCUGUUUGAUUGUAGCACUUAAAUGUGUAAUUAUUCAUGUUUUCUAUGCAUCACAAGUGCCUGGGAACUUCAGGUGAAUGUUGAUGUUGUACAUUUGUUGAUUUUAGGAAUUUGUAAGUGUAAUGAGCUUUUUUUUUUUCUUCAGCUUGUAAAUAAUUAGCAUUUAUUCCUUAGUUUAGUUUAGUUAAAUUCUUGUAGUUGCCGCUAUACAGUAAAAAUGUAAACAUUGCUUACUCUAUUACAGUUUAUGUUUGAUUUAAACAUAAAGGAAUGGAGCUUUAAUUAUAAUUAUUGUAAUCAGCUGUUUCAAAGGCUUGAGGAAGGAAGAAUUCGAAAAUAAAUUCUCAGUUAUUUGGGGGAUUAGCAAGUGCAUCUAAGUAGAAGUGGUUUACCAAAUUUUAUGACACCUAAUAUAAUUUCAACAAACAAGAGCACGUUUUUUUUUCUUUUAAUAAAAGGCUAAUUUAAGCAUGUUUGUACAAACCCAUUAGUGCCAUAUUUUACAUUUCUUUUAGUAGUCAUUCAGUUGUGAGAGUAAAGGCAUACACAAUAAUUACCAAUUUAAAAUCAGCCAUUAGAAGUUCGUUUGUGUAACUGCAUGGAGCAGAGAUGUGAAAUCUUUAUUCUAAUUUAGCAAGCUGUAAGCUAGUUUGCUAAUAAUUAAACAAAAUUUAUAAAUUAAAGACAAAUUUCUUUCUUUUUAAGUCAAAUCAAAAUUGUCCAUCAUAUUUGUGGAUCAGGUAAUUCGCAAAGGUUUACAGUUUUAAUAUUUGCAUGGUAGUAUUAAUAUGUACAAUAUAAUAAGCUAUAGCAGACAACCUUCUUCAUUAAUAAAAAUAUUACAGAUUAGAGAAUAAAUGCUAAAACAUUCCCAGAUCAGAUUAUCUGGAACAUUUCCACCAGCAACCGUGUUUUUUAGAUCUUCUUCAAAGUUUAAGUCCCAGAUUAGAUAGAAGAAAAUCCAGAGAUUGUUCUAUUAAGAGGUAUCUGUGUUUUAGUUUUUUAUAUUCAUAAUGGAUUUAUCAGACUUAAAGGCCGCAUCCUGACUCUGGAUUAUCUGUACUUUAUAUGUGAAUUUAGAUUAUUAUUAAUUUUUUUAAUCUCAAACAAUAGAAAUAAUUUCUCUUUCUGGCUAAACACACUAGAAACAGUAGAAGGUGAAUGUAAUUACGUUGCACUUGAGGCACAAACUAUAGCUUAAUUAUGCAAAAAGGGAGUUAUAGAUAGGUUUGGGUGAGAGUGUAAGAAUGAAAAACCUUGUUUUUGGUGUGUAUUUAGUGAGAAAACCCUGUCUUAGGAAACAAUAAUGGGAAACCAGGACUGAAUUGUACAUAAACAGUGAAUGUUCCAUGUACUAAUACUUAUACAUAUAAAGUCUUAUAUUGAAUGUGAAUUUACUUUCAGCGCUAUUACUGUAGGCAAGCAGUAAAUAAAGCUCAUUAACUCACCA